CAUGUAUAACACAGGCACUUUGUAUGAGAUAAGAGUCUCUAAAAAUGAAAGCAGAAGCUCCUGCAGCAAUUCCUUUAUAGGAGAGAUCACACCAGCUCGUACCUCUGUGAGAGUCUGAGGUUUAGGUAGCAAGAGUGGGUCCUCCUCCCUUCAGUACAGGAUACUGUCUACUGCCAGCAGCAGUUGCUUCUUGACCAUAAUGGCAAAAUGGACACCAUGCUUUUUUCUGCUUCUGCCGUUGACUGUGUGUUUUGACAGCGAAGUGACUCUUGUGAAAACCAUCAGGAGAGAACCAGAUGUUACUCCGAUAUGCACCAAUAAAACUUUGAGUCCCAUCACACUUCUAGUGUGUAAGAUCAGAACAGAGAUGAGCGGGGGAGAAGAGUGUCGUCUGCUGUAUCAAUAUGGACAGGACUUUGAGAACCAAUGUGACUCCAGAUUCACACUUAUGAUGGAGAAUCAGACUGUAUUUCUCCACCUGACCAAUUUAACACCAGUGGAUAGUGGGAACCACACCUGUGAGUGUACAUAUCCUGGUGAAACAUACAUUCUCCAGCUUAAUAUCACUGUGGAAGAGGAUGGAGAUGCCGACAGUUCAACACAAAUACAGAUUCUAAGCGUCUUGAUUGGUGUAACUAUAGUCAUCACUAUAACUGCAGUUAUCUUCAGGUGUAUCUACAGAGGUAUGCGACAUGGAAGACAACCACAACCACUGAGCAGUCAUCCAAACACGGAUGAAGAUGACCCAGAUGACCCUUACACAAGCCUCCAGCAACCAGCGAGUGAUCUCUACCAAACUAUCUCAAACUCAGCAGGCGAGAUGGUGACGGUUCGCUUGGAUAACCAGGAAAUAGACUGAUCCAUGUUGCAAAAUCUAUGAAAACAUUUAAACCAAAGAAUCCAGAUAAUGGAACCUGUAAUAAAUGGAUGUUCGCGAAUUACUGAGCAACAGACUACUGAGCGCAGUUGGCUUUCAGUUCUUUGAAAUAUCCAAAUUGCUACUUUAUUUUAUUGCCUUUAAUACACAAUUACAAGCAAUUAACAUCACAAAAGAAAGAAAAAAAAUUGGGCUUCAUUUGUCAUAUAGAAACAACACUGUCACUGUAAACCUGAUGUAAAUUUACCGCUAAAAUCUUACAGUAUCUUCCUGUUUUAUUGU